AACAAACACUGUAGCGAAAGUAGAUAUGAGAAUUUAGGAGUCGAAACGGUGCCAGGCAGAAAGAAGAAAUCCAGUCACAGAGUGACAGAGAACUCACCCAGGACCCAAGCAUGGAUGUGGUGGUUUUUCUUCUCCAGGCAGUCCUGUGUCUCCUGACUCUACCCCUUCACCUGCUUGCCCUGUUUGGCUGCUGGCAACCUCUAUGGAGUAAAUACUUCCCCUAUCUCAUGGCAGUACUGACUCUCAAAAGCAACCAGAAGAUAGCAGGUAAGAAACAGGAGCUCUUUAGCCGGAUCAAGAAGCUGGCUGGAGCAUCUGGGAAGGUGACUUUGCUAGAACUUGGCUGCGGUACGGGUGCCAACUUUGAGUUCUACCCGGCUGGCUGCAGGGUCACCUGCAUAGAUCCCAACCCCCACUUUAAGAAGCUCCUGACAGAGAGUAUGGCCAAAAACAAGCACCUUCAAUAUGAAGAGUUUCUAGUAGCUCCAGGGGAGGACAUGAGUCAAGUGGCUGAUGGCUCCAUGGAUGCGGUGGUCUGCACCUUGGUCCUGUGCUCAGUCCAGAGCCCAAAGAAGGUCCUACAGGAAGUCCAGAGGGUGCUAAGGCCGGGAGGCAUCUUCUUUUUUUGGGAGCAUGUGGCUGAGCCCCCUGGAAGUUGGGCCCUGAUGUGGCAGCAGGUGGCCGAGCCCACUUGGAAGCACAUUGGCGAUGGCUGCUAUCUUACCAGGGAGACCUGGAAAGACCUGGAGAGAGCCAAGUUUUCUGAACUACAACUAGAAUGGCAACCCCCUCCCUUCAAGUGGCUACCAGUUGGCCCCCACAUCAUGGGACUGGCUGUGAAAUGAGCUUAUGGCACCACAAGACCAGCUGGAUUAUUCUGUCCCUCUCUUUGCCCACCACAGCCUGUUCUCUGAGAUGCCCUUGACCUCUCUAACCUCUACUCUGACUUCCUGCUUCUCCUUCCUUAGCUGGGCCUCCUCACUUCUCUUGCCCUCUCUACUGUUAUCUCACCAGGCCCCCUCUUCCUUUUCAACGCCUCCCAAUUAUCCUUCCCGUGACUCUACCAGCGAGACCUCUACUCCUAUUCACCCAAUCAGUUCUUCAGGAACUGAUCCCUACACUGAAGUAUAGACUUAUCUAUACAUAUCUCUCUCCUCUCUCUUUACCCACUUUGGUCUUCCUCUCCUCUCUCUCCCUACCUCCUCAAGCUACCAUUUCAGUCUUCAUUCUUACCCUCACCUCCUGGGGAGAGGUUUCCUCUCCUCUCCCCACCCCAACUUUACUCAUGUACACCAUCUCUUCCCCUAUCUCCCUAAUAAAGCCUGUGUCCAGAAA